UUCGCACCGCGAACAAGUGCCGAAGUUCGCGCUUUCUCCUUCGAGCCGAAUUAAUCUUGUUUUUUUUUUGUGUUUUGCGACACGAGCGCCGAAUAAUUGGUCAAGUUCGGGUGAACUAGGUCGUCGGUUAUUGGUGAAUUAGUUGAUCGAUUUCGUUUUGUGCACCAAUAUCUCGGUAUAUGGAUAAAAAACUUGUCGAUUUUUACGGAAACAAGAGUGGUGGAAGCGAGAGAGCGCCGGAUUGUGUUGUCUAACUGGAAUCGGGCAUUUGUCUACCGCCUUGGCGGUCUUAGUGUAUCGUCGUAAACCGCUCACUUCGGAGAAUGCAUUAAUACGCUGAUUUCGCAAUAAUCCUAUGCAGUGGACGAGUGUUGUUUACAGGCCACCGUGAAACAGACGACAGGUUCAAGUCGACAAACAAUACGAGCUUUGACGGUCACAUCGAGGCGAACGAUCACGGCUGCUAGAAAAUUCUUGCGAUGUGCCAUAGCAUUCGGAUGUUUAUCGGGGAGAAGUGAGAAGUUCUCGGUUUUGUUGUGUCGCCGCCUACUGGAACAAAUUCGGUCUUUGUGCUUCAGCAAUCGUAGUAAACAUUGCUUCCUGUGACGAACAAAUAAGUGCCUACUGUGUUGUGGGGGAUCGCAUGAAUGGAUCCCACCGACAUGAUUAGAACCAAUCGCAGCAGUGGUGGCGGCGGCGUCGGUUAUUAUCAACGGUAUGAUUACGCGACAGCAUACAAUGAGGUGUACAGUGUGGAUGACUUAGAGCAGCCGACAGUGAGCAAUAUUGCCAAAGUCAUCAUCAGUGGAAUACCGCAGCACGCCAAAUUCGAUGACAUCGAGCCACUGCUAAAACGCUACGGCAAGGUCGAACACUGCGACGCCGUCACCAGCAAGGACCCGACCACGCAAACCGUCCAUAUCACGUUCGAGAGCCACGAACAAGCACAGAGAGCGGUCACCGGUCUGAACGGGAUCGACUUCGAGGGUUCCAGCUUGCUGGUGGAGCUGUUCGACAGUAACAAAGCGAACCGGCGGGGCGCCCGCAGCCGUCCGCAGUACGCCGGCAUGCCCGGGGGUGGCGGCCCGGGCCGUCAGACGGACUUCCCGCUGCGGUUGCUGGUCGCUAGCGAAAUGGUCGGUGCCAUCAUCGGGCGCCAGGGCAGCACGAUACGACAGAUCACCCAGAACAGCCGGGCCCGCGUCGACGUCCACCGGAAGGACAACGUGGGCUCGCUCGAGAAGGCCAUCACCAUCUAUGGCAACCCGGAGAAUUGUACGAGUGCAUGCAAGAGAAUACUGGAGGUGAUGCAGCAGGAGGCCAACAACACAAACAAAGGAGAAAUUUGCCUAAAGAUUCUCGCCCACAACAACCUGAUCGGUCGAAUCAUCGGCAAGAGCGGGAACACGAUCAAGCGGAUUAUGCAGGACACCGACACGAAGAUCACCGUCAGCUCGAUAAACGACAUCAACAGCUUCAACCUGGAGCGCAUCAUCACCGUCAAGGGUUCGAUCGACAACAUGUCCCGGGGCGAGAGUCAGAUCAGCGCCAAGCUGCGCCAGAGCUACGAGAACGACCUCCAGGCGUUGGCCCCCCAGAGCAUAAUGUUCCCCGGACUGCACCCGAUGGCGAUGAUGUCCACCGCAGGCAACGGUAUGGGCUUCACCGGUCGCACCGGCAUGUACCCGGGAACCAGCUAUCCGAUGUACCAACCGCCCACGGUGCCUGGCGCACCGCCCGGAUCCAGCGACGUCCAGGAAACCACCUACCUGUAUAUUCCAAAUAAUGCCGUCGGUGCUAUCAUCGGAACCAAAGGAUCGCAUAUUCGUAAUAUUAUAAGAUUUUCCGGUGCUUCGGUCAAGAUCGCCCCCCUGGAGGCGGACAAACCGCUGGAGCAGCAAACCGAGCGCAAAGUUACCAUCGUCGGCACCCCGGAAGCCCAGUGGAAGGCCCAGUAUCUGAUCUACGAGAAGAUGCGGGAGGAGGGCUUCGUCUCUGGCACGGACGAUGUGAGAUUAACGGUGGAGAUCAUGGUCCCGAGUGCACAGGUUGGACGUAUCAUCGGCAAGGGAGGCCAGAAUGUGCGGGAACUGCAGCGAGUAACCGGAAGCAUAAUCAAACUGCCCGAGCACACUACCAACACGCCGGUGGACGAGGAAACCACGGUGCACAUCAUCGGUCCAUUCUUCAGUGUUCAGUCCGCCCAACGACGCAUCCGGACGAUGAUGCUGGCAACGAACCCCCCGCCGGCCACCAACCGGCAGAAGGCCCAAAAGGCCAAGGAGCAAUCGCCGACCUCGUCCACGCCCGCUGCCACCGCACAGCCGCCGUCGUCUAGUACAAGCGUAUAAUCAAAAUCUGCAAUCGUCGCCGCUGUCAUCGUCGCUGAUGGCCGUCAGCUGCAAUUACCAGUGCUGCCAUCGUCGUCGCCAACAACAACAACUACAACACUAACACUACAGCAUCAGCAACAGCAGCUUCUACCAGCAGUACAUCAACAACAACUACUACUACCACUAUCAAACGAGCGGAAACAGCAGGUAUCCCUAUCAGUUACAGCAACAACGGCAAGGUCGAACAGCAAAGAUCACCGCAGCAAAUCCGAAUCAGCAAGGUAGGAAAUUGCUCCCACCAACCACCACCGCAGCAGUCGCAAUCGUGAAAGCAUGAGAAACAAAAAAACAGUCUACUAUGUUCCGGAUUAGAAUAUCAAAUUUUGGUUCCAGCGCACUUGGAACAAAACCCUCUCGGACCCCAAUCGGCGUCGGAGAAAAUCGGAGUAAUUGUGUAUCAAAAGCCGGUCUUUAUCGCAUCUCUCUAUAGCUAAGUCAAAACACAAAAAAAAAGUUUUUCGCUUUUAGGCCCUUCAAAAACAAAGAGGACAUUCCCUACCAUCAAAGUUUAUUUUCGCAAUAGAAAUGUUUUUUCGCAAAUUUGGCUCUUUUUUCUGACCGACUUGGAAAUUCAAAAAUCUGGAAUGUUCAAUCCUUUUUCGAUUUGACAGAUGGAAAACGGAAUGGAGACUCCGAGCGGUUCUGUUUGUUGCGAAACGGCAACACGGUGUCUAUCGCAGCAAGCGAGUUGCUCGGAGUUACGAUUGACGCGAUAGGAAGCGCACGGUUACUGUACGUUUUUCGAGAGCUUUCCUUACACCGCACCGCUGGCAACCCUUUUCUUGAAGGAUUGAGCGGUUGGUUUUUAAUCGAGAGAUCUGGGAGAGAACCCGGUUCAGAGAGAGGGAAAAAAGCGUUAAAGCGAGAGCGUUGAGCGAGAGAGAAUGUUGUUUUUAACUAGUGUUUAGGAAGAGAUCGAUUUAAUUAAGUAAUCAUGAGACGCGAUGCGAAAGAGCGAGCGAAAGAGAGAGAAAGGUUAAGAUUGCGUUUGGCGCUGUUCUCCGCGAGCAGUGGAGCAGUGUUGCCAGUGUUGUCGCGCAAAUCUAACGAAAGGAGAAAGUGCCAAACAUUGAUAAAUUGCGUUGAAAAAGUAAGUGAAAAUCAAAUGGAACUGAUCGUCGAUUGCCUUAGAUUUCGGUGCUGACACAGAACAAACAGAAGAACUGAGAGCAGAAAGGGUAUUUGUUUAGAGGUUAGAGUUAGAAGGAAGCGCGCUUCACCGUUUUGAUCAACCGGCGACGACAUCUUCGUAAAUUCUAAGGUUUACAUCAAGAGAGAAAAUCAAUACCUCAAUGAAAGUGCAUUAGGCGACGUCCUCGAGUUGCGAUCCUUCUUGUUCCUAGGAAUGGGUCCUAAUUUGGGGACGGUACCUUACCAUUCAUAUAUAGACGCAAACACACACACACAAAUACAUACAGAGAGAAAGUCAUCAACAAGCUCACCGGGAUUUGUAGUAGUGAGAACCUAGGUGGCGCACCAUUAUUCGUUAGGGUUUUAGAGCCAAAAGAUUUGAUAAAACGCAACGAAAGUCGCUGACCACGGUCAGGUGGUCGGACGGCUCUAUUGUUUACGUUUUCCUAUACAGUGAAGCAAAGUAAGAACCUAGCACACUCACACAAACACUAACUGAACAAGCUUUACGUUUCAACUUUACUUACACAAAGGUGCAUUAAUCAAUUUUUAUUAACUUGUUGUUGAACAUAAUUCUACUUGUUGAAAACUAUAUUUUCCCAGUAACUAUUUUCCCGCAAUUCCUAACUCCGCCCUAUAAUCAUCAAAAUCCAGAGGUUGACCAUAUGCGUUUCGGGCAGGGAUCAAACGAUAAAAAUGAACAAAUUAGAUUGUUUAUAUGUCAGUUUUGUUUCCUGUCACGGACGCUUGCAAGACGCUCUGGAUGAGCAAGCACUCAAACUAAUUUUACAACUGUUUAGCUUAACUGUUGUUUAUUAUUCUUGUUUUCUUAUUUUGUUUUUAUAUUAAAUCUUGCUAUACAGACCUCACCACCGCCACCAAUCGGAACAAUAGAACAAUCAAACUACACACACUAAGAUAACCUUACAUACAUAACUAACUGAAACAAUAGAUAGGACACGUACCUCAAUGAGCAAGCAAACAGAAUCAAAAUAGUUUAAAGCGUUGAAUUUUCUCAUCUUUUACAUAUUUUUCCACAAUAGUUAGAGGUAAACAAACCGGAACAACAAUGGCAGUGCUGCCAACCUUUUCCUCCCGUAUCGAACCACCGCAAAUGACUCAUAAACUCGUGUGUUUUAUCAUCCAAACAAUCGCAACUGUCAAACUGACACCGCCACAGAACCAGUGCAGCCAGUUUGACGGUUCGAAAAAACUUUCGAAACUUUUCGCACUCUGUGCAAUGUAGUGGACCACCAAUCGUAGCAGACUACAAGGUAAGAACUGGUAGAGACCGGAAGACGUUAAGUAGUUUAGUAGACGCAAAAUUUCCGCAAAUCUUUGGCACAAUGACGCACCCAAAAUUUUGAUAACAACGGGUUUUCUUUUCGCACGAACACGACUCAAGGAAGAGAGGGUUUAACCAAAAUUUCCGAACAUAGAAACCGAACUCAGCGCGCAAACAACUUGUGAAGCGAUCAAAAUUAUUCUCAAAAUUCGGCACCUCAACCAAGCAUCUGAAAAACCAAGCGACAUCUCGCGCAAAAGUCGCACAUUUUUAGUGCGACAAGCGAAUUUACUGUCGGGAGUAAAUACGAACACAAACACACACAUACACACUCGAUGAGAAAAAAAAAUCUGGACUCGAACCGUGGCACGACCGACGCGGACGAAACCGAGAAAAAAAACGAGUGACAGAGAGGGGAAGAGUGAAUGAACACCGAAAACACUGACAUGGAACUAUUGACUACACUUAGGGACAUAAGAGAGAAUACUAAUGCUCGAAAAUCGAGCGAUUUAAGCGAAGGGAGAAUGGAGAAGAGAGAACAAAACAAAGAGGGAAUCGAAAUUCGGAGAAAAAGUGACUAAAAUCAAUUGUUAGAUUUUUUUUAUUAUAUAUAUUAUAUUGAAAAUAUACUAUAUAUAUUUAAUGAGGGAAAAGUAAAAAGAGAAAAAAGAGGAAAAGAUAUUUAGCUAAAAAAUUUAAUAUUUAUUAAAUCCUAGAGGCUAUAAUAUCGUUGAAUAUUUGUAUAAAAACAAACGAAGCUUGACGAACGCGAGCAAAAAAGCGGAAAGCAAAGAUGAGGGUUAACUAUGGUCAAAAUUUGGAUUAAAAAGAAGAAGUAAAACUACUAGGACGUACACACAUACACCUACAUAUUAUUUUCCUAUUAUUUUUGUUUAUUUUCGUAGAAAUUUUGUUAAGGCUUUGUUGUUUACUUUUCGUGUUGUUGGAACGAAAAGGCAAAUCGUGAGGUUAAUGCGUUAUUUAGUUGUGCCAAGUACACCGUCGUCGAACGAAAGGAAUUUAUGUUUGUUUAAUGGAAAACGAAAAAAAAAACUAUGAUCAACAGGGUUGUGAUGAAACGAGAGAUGUUAAUUAAAAUGCAAAAAAAACGCCCGGAAUGCAAAAGCUAGGCAUUUUCUUCGAGCGAGUGGACGGCCAUUUUGGCUUAUGAUUUGCGUCGUGGAGAUGACAAAUUUUGACGUAUAAACGAUCAAUUUCUAUCGUUUCCAUGACAGACGUCUCACAAGCCUACUUGUGGUCACCUCUUGCUCAAAGAGCCGAACCAAUUCAAAUAUGACACUUUUUUACCACAGCACGCUGAGGAAUAUUUUUUUUCCGAACGCAGUGUUUACUUCAAUCAGCUGAUGGUUUUUUUUUCUCGAUUUGGGUUUUUAACAGAGAAUUGUAUGAAGCAAAAUGGAACAUUUUCAUAUCAAACCGGGUUCAACAGGUUUCGGUUCGUUACACAUCAAAGCAACACAACGGAACCUGUAGAAAUUGAAACUCUCUCAACCACUAGUACACAAACUCUGAAAACAUUUCUUCGGUAGAUUUCAACUGUCUCGCAAGACAUUUCUCUUACCCCUUUAUUAUUUGCCCGUUAUACAUUUCCCAAAUUUGUACGACAUUGAUUGAAACACCUCAAAAUACACAUCAUACAGAUAGCUGGAAACUUAAAAACAGCUGACAAGUUUUUUCGCGGUACAAAUUCCAAUAGUACAAACCGAACUAGAUAGAUGGACAAUGAAACCUUUGCGGACGAACGCAUUUUAGCUCGAUGCGCACCGCAAAAAGUUUUUUCGCUCGAGGAUUUUUACGCAGAACGCAAUAUGAUAGCAGUGUUUGACAAACGCUCCCGGUUGCCAUGGUAACGUUCGAUUCCGCUCUGGAUUUGAUUGUCACGCAAACGAUACAUUUUGAUCGUUUAUGUGUCAAAUCUAGUGUAACAGUUGGGAAUCGAUCAUGCUUGUGGCAUCUGCAGGCGCUUUUCAAAUGUUGCUUUGCAAAAAUUGGCAUCAACAGAAGAUAAGCAACUACACGAAAAACAUUGGCAGCAGCAACCGCAACUAUCUGAUUGACAGACCAUGAAUGGAAAUAAACAACAAAAUAUAUAGACAAAGCCUACUGUUUUGGAAGAUCAACUACAACAACUGAAACAAAAAUCUAACAAUGAUGAAAGCGAAUGAUUAUUCCCCGAACAAUAACAAACGAAAAAUGACAACAAAAAUAACAACAGUCCGAUGAAAAGCCGGAAAAAAGUCACUUGAAGUCCCGAAAACAAAGAAAAACAAAACGAUGUAAACAAAAUCAUAUGAAAAAUUUGGCAUAACACAAAACUUCACAACGUUGGAGCAAAACAAUAAACUAAAUAAACAUUAAAUCACGGAACAAGCAAAGUCGUAGCGGAAAAGUUUCGAACUAUAAUUUGCACUACCCACUCUUUAGAUUGAACUACUCAUGGCAAAAGAGAUAUAGACAAAAUCACCACUUGCUUUUGGCAUCAUGAAAGAUGGAAUACAAAAGAAACAUAACAAUGAAAGCACCAUUUUCGCAUCUCUAUAUGAACAAAAAAAAAAAAUGUCUAAAAAUUGAAAUCUAACCAUAAACACAAACACACAUAACCGAAGCAAAGUAGACAAGGUGAUCGCACGCAACGUAAGUAAAUAAAAAAAAAUAAACAUAACCAAUUUCGUUUCCCAAAAAAAAACUGUAGAUGCUAAAUAGUAUUAGAUGGAUUGACACAUAAACAUAAGAGCAUUGAAGCAAAACAAAACUUUAUGCAUAAAAAAACGAUCGCAGUAGCAUUAAUUUUAGAUUAUCCUAACCCCAAAAUUAUCGCAAACAAGUUUGAUAUGUGAAUCCCACAAAUUACAAAAAAUAUAACCAAAAAAUCAUAUAAUUGGUAGAUUGUAGGAAUAAUUUUUGGCAACACUGCACGAAGCGGAAGAAAAUCUGACAUUUCAUCAUUCAUUGCCGCCGAAAACCGACUGCUUCGAUCGGGUCGGAUUUCCGGCGAUCAAUACAACAAAAAAAUAAAAACAAAAAACAAAGGUCACCUUGUCGACUUGGGCAGUCCGUGAACAGGAAAUCCGGUUUCCUCGCUUCUCAGAUAUUUUUAUUGACAUAUAAAAUGUAGAAUUAACAUGAGUGAAUGAAAUAACAUAAACAAAAUUUGGAUCAACUCUUCCUGGUACAACAGAGCCACAAGGAAUCACACAUACAGACAAACAAACAAACAAACAAGCAUGCAUAUUAUAUUCGAUAAAUGAGACAAGUAAACUAUCUACAACAUAGACAACGUUUGGUAAAAUAGAUAAAAUGGAUUGAAACAUUCUUACCUCACAUAUUGAUAUAUAGGACAAAAAAACGCAAGAAGAAAAUAUUUAGGAUUAAACAUUGCAAGCCACAUACAGAAACUAAUAACCCUUGUAAUUUGGAUCGGAGAACCGAAAAUUUUACACUCUCUGUCAAACUGUAGAAACCCCUCUCGAAUGGGACGAACACUCGCACAUAAAUACACACACAUACACACUCACAUACAUACAGACAGACUUACACGAAACCUGAACGCAAGUUGUGCUGAACCAUUUUACACUCUUGUCCCCCUAUUCAAGCAAAACAGAUCAUGCUUGGAAGCACACGUCCACACAAACACACCAUCAGGAGACACCCGACACAAACGUCUUGACAUUUGUUUGUUUAUUUUUGUUUGGUUUUUAGAGGAGAGGGAGAGAACGCUGAGAGGCAAAAUAAAUUCGGACAAAUUAUUUGAACGCAAAAAAUAAUAAACGAAAAACGUAAUAUUCGGAGAAAACCAUGGAUUUAGAUUUGAUUAUUAAUACUACUACUACUACUUCUACUACUACUACUAUUUAAUGCUACUACUACUUCUACUACUACUAAAACUACUACUAAAAGAAGAAAAAAACAUGAAUUCUACCAACUAUUUUUCGUUCUUUUAAAAAGAUUACAUUUCUUAAAUAAUUUCGUUUAAUUUGAAAUAGAACUAUAAGGCUUUUUUGAAGUGGAAAACACUGUACGAUGAAAUAAAACUAAAUUAUAACUACUAAAAGGAAACAAUGGAAAACUAAAGCUAAAGCAAAAAAGUAAAUUUUAAGUUUAGGUAACAAGCGAAGGAAAUAAUCACAAAAACAGUUACGGAAAAUCAUUUUUAAACUGGCACACACAUACAUACCAAGAAUGCAAAGGUUCGGCUUGCAGGCCGUUCGUUGGUUUACACAUUUCACACACACAUCCACAGUCGAUACUUUUGUUUGAUCAAAAGACAGCAGCGGAACAAUCGCUCCUUUGACGGCCUUGACGAAAAAGCAAACACAGAAACCACAGAAUGCAAACAAUGCAGCAAGCCGCCGCCACACCCGAUCGAGAAAAAACUGUGAAGCCACACAGCCUACUUUGGGAGAGCUGUCAAAAAGCGAAACCGAUUACACACAUACAUGCACACCUGCAAACACAACACACAUUUUCACACGAUAUGCGUUUUGAAAACAAAGAUGAACCGCCGCUACGAGAGCUGCAAAGAAUCGUAUAUUAUCUUCGUUUUAUUUAAGUAAUUUAAAGCGACCCCCGGUUUACCCCUUUACCACCACCACGUUGAAACCUUCCGAUGUAACAGAAAAUACAAAGAUUUGUAACGGCACCGCCACCACCAACACAAGGAGACUGAACUACAACGUAAUUAAGUAGGUGGCGUUGCUGGAGUUCCUGACCCGUCCCCCGUCCCCCUUUCCCACCACUAAAUUCCCGUUCCCAAGUCCUCUCCCCGUGCCCUAGUUCCUCGAGUAUAAGCAGAACUUUCUUCGGAGUUGAUUCACACGAGUAGUAGAUUUUUCAAAACUUUUUCUUUUGGAAAAUAUGAAAAGCAACAGAAGCAGCAAAAGUUAAAAGAGAGAACGAGAGAGAAAGAGAGAGAGCGACAACAGGAGAAGAAAGAGAAGCGAAGUUGUAAACUAAGAUCCAGUAAAUUAUAAUAUAUAUUUUUAUUUUUAUCAUUGUUUAAUUAUUAAAACAAACAAAAAAAUACAGAAAAAGAAACGACUAUGUUAGGAACGAUUAGAUAUGAGUUAGGAUAUAAUGCAAAUAUUGACAUGCCUGUGUGAUAAUAGUUUAUAAUCUUGUCAUUAUCUGUAUUUAUAUCUCCCUCAAGAAGAAAAAUUACUAUAGUUUUUUUUUGUGUAAAAAUAUACGUUAAAUAAUAUGAAAACUGAACCAAUAUUAUUGCAUACAGAUUAUAUUUUUAUAACUUUUUAUUCUUAUUUCUAUUCGACCGCAAAAUACGCAAACAAUCAGCCUAGUAUGAUCCAAAUUUUUGUUGGGUUUUAAACAGCCAACUUGGACGACACAAACACAUACAUGCAUACACUCUAACAUAGCAAACCGUCGAACGCAAAUCAAAAUAUCCGUUAUCGCAUACCAAAUCUGCAGUUUUUAUUUUUAGACGCUGUGGAAUCCAGCCAACCGAAUGUUUAUAUUUAUAUACACCCAAUCGCACACACACACCCACAACUACACAUGUUGUUUUUCCUGUUACAGAACCAACAGACAAUUUUUAUUUUUUUACACGCACGCAUCAAACAAUAGAAUACGUAUACACACACACCUUCUCAGACAAACUCACACCGGCGCACGCAACCCAUUAUUUAAUAUACAGGGGAUAGACAAUGUGAUUAGGACAGAUAAAGUUGUCAUAUUGUCAAAACUGGUUAAUUAGUUGUACCUUUUUGUAUAAUACCCUAAACCUUUUAGAAUUUCGACUGAUAGUUGAUUACCCAGUUUUCUUUAAAUGGUCAAAAUUUUGGCAAGUUUGGGUCACUUUACAAUUUGAGUAAACUUUUAAUAAACCAAAUGAAGUAAAGUUUUUAACCUGUAUGACUUUGGAAUUCCAAUUUGAACCAUUUAUGGAUAACAAGGCCAACUUAGUGCCAAAAGUUGAAAAUUACAAAAAAAUACAACUUGUUAUUCAUUUUUUGUAAAAAAAAACGAAAA